AUGGUAAAUAAUAAGAAGAAAGUUGUAACUAAAACCCCUCCAUCUCUCGCAGUUGUCAAAAAAAAGUCCCGAGGAAACAAAGAUGCUGUUCCUGUUGAAGCACCGAUUGUGACUUCGUAUAAUGAUCGGAUCAGGCCGUUGCUUGACACUGUGGACACACUGAGGAACCUGAAUGUGAUGAAAGAAGGGAUACAUCUUCCCACCAUUGUCGUAGUUGGAGACCAGUCCUCAGGGAAGUCAAGUGUUCUUGAGUCCUUAGCAGGUACCAGUUUGCCUCGUGGCCAAGGAAUCUGCACUCGGGUUCCUCUCGUCAUGAGGCUUCAGCGAAGCUCUAGCCCUGAACCUGAGAUCUGGCUUGAGUAUAGGGACAAAGUGGUUCCUACGGACGAGGAAAACAUUGCUGAAGCUAUCCGUGCUGCAACAAAAGUGAUUGCUGGAUCUGGUAAAGGAGUCUCAGAUGCUCCCUUGACCCUUCAUGUAAGGAAGGCUGGUGUUCCAGAUCUUACCAUGGUCGAUCUUCCCGGGAUAACUCGAGUUCCAGUGAAUGGACAGCCGGAAAAUAUUUAUGAGCAGAUUUCUGGGAUGAUUAUGAAGUACAUCGAGCCUCAAGAAUCGAUAAUCCUCAACGUUCUGUCAGCUACGGUCGACUUCACCACGUGCGAAUCCAUCCGCAUGUCUAGAAAAGUUGACAAAACCGGCCAACGGACUCUGGCUGUUGUGACAAAGGCAGACAUGGCUCCAGAAGGUCUCCUGCAGAAAGUAACAGCAGAUGAUGUGAGUAUUGUACUUGGUUAUGUCUGCGUCAGAAACCGCGUAGGAGACGAGACAUAUGAAGAAGCAAGGAUACAAGAAGAGUUACUUUUCAAGACUCACCCACUACUGAGCCUGAUUGAUGAAGACAUUGUGGGCAUCCCUGUGUUAGCUCACAAGCUAAUGCUUAUCCAAGCAAGCAUGAUUAGCAGAUGUUUGCCUGAUAUUGUACGCAAGAUCAACCAGAAGUUGGAAACUGCUGUCCUUGAGUUGAACAAGUUACCAACAGUAAUAGCUUCUACAGGGGAAGCAUUGAUGAAACUGAUGGAGAUCAUUGGUUCUGCCAAAGAAUCUCUAUUGAGAAUUCUCGUCCAAGGAGACUUCUCUGAAUACCCUGAUGAUCAAAACAUGCACUGUACUGCUCGCUUGGCUGAUAUGUUAAGCCAAUUCUCAGAUGAUCUACAAGCAAAACCCAAGGAUGCAACCGAGUUCUUGAUGGAUGAAAUCAAGAUCCUUGACGAAUGCAAAUGCGUGGGACUGCCCAAUUUCAUCCCUAGGUCAGCCUUCUUGGCUAUACUCUCACAACAUGUACAUGCCAUACAUGACAAGCCAGUAGAGUUCAUCAAGAAGAUAUGGAACUACAUUGAAGACGUUAUCUCAUCAGUCAUUUCUAAACAUUCUGAAAACUUCCCACAGAUUCAAUCUUCCAUUAAACGAGCAGGUCGGAAUCUAAUCUCCAAGAUCAAAGAACAAUCAGUGAACAGAGUGAUCGAAAUCGUCGAGAUGGAGAAACUCACAGACUACACAUGUAACCCUGACUACAUGACGUGUUUGACUCAGAAGACAAACCAACAAGAGAGCUUCAUCUAUGCUGUUUUGAUGGAUGGGAACAAACCUGAAUACUUCUCUGUGACUGGAUUCGGGAAUUUGAAGAUCUCGCAUCUGCGAAAGUACCACGCUCAUCUGCUACAUCCGGCGUUCGAUAUGAAGAUGAGGAUCACAUCGUACUGGACGAUCGUCUUGCGGAGGAUCGUGGACAACCUUGCGCUGUAUCUUCAGCUAUCUGUGAAGCAUCUCGUGAACGGUCAGUUUCAGAAGGAGAUUGUGGCGGAAAUGGUGGAUGCAAAAGCUGGCGGAGGAGUUGAGAGGAUGUUGGAGGAGUCUCCGCUGGUGGCGAGUAAAAGGGAGAAGCUGAAGAACAGUAUCAAGCUACUGAAAGAGUCUAAGGAUGCUGUAGCCGCCAUUGUUGAUCAGAAUUGAUGGUCGAUUGUUU